CAGUACGUUGCCUUAUCGCCGCGCCGAGGCCGCCAACCUCCGCGGCAACUCGUCGGAAAAUGACAUCAGUCCGCCAGGCUCGUGCUGUUUGUUAGCAACCAACUCCAUUGUCGUUUACAGAACAUGCUCUACAUGCUAUACUGACCUUCAUCAUGUCUAGUCACUCUUUGUCAUUGAUCCUAUCACGGCGUUCAAUUGCCGCGUCCUGUCUGGCCCGCAAUGCUGGCUUUCGGGCUCGUUUGACACCUGCGAGCCGUCGAUCACUCGCGUCUCUCCCAAACCUGCCCCUCUUUCGCGCCCUCCAAAACCACGAUCAAUCGAAUCUGGCAGUCAUUCACAGCGCGUCGUCUCGCUCAUUCACCUACGGCAAUCUGGUGGCGGAUGUGGUGCAGGCAAAGGAACGACUCGCACAGUCUGGGGGCGGGCGUCAGGAUGGCUUGUCCGGAGAGAGAAUCGCGUUCUUGGCUGAGAAUAGCUACGACUACGUAGUGACACUACUUUCGAUCCUCGCCAGCGACGCGAUCGCCCUUCCCCUCUCCCCCGCUUUCCCGACCGGCGAACUGAAGUACAUCAUGGACAAUUCGCAGGCCAAGGUCCUGCUGGCCACGGAGAAGUACGCGGACAAAGCGCAGGACGUGCUGAAAUCUGGCCUGGAUCGGGAGCCCAUACUUGACGUCAAGAAGAAGAUCGAAGUAGGAGCUACGAGUGUGGGCUCCGUGACCCUGGAGGAUCUCAACGGCCAGCAAUCCCGCGGCGGAAUGAUGCUGUACACUUCUGGAACGACCAAUCGGCCGAAAGGUGUCUUGAUUCCCCAAUCCGCGCUGACAGCGCAAGCGGCAUCGCUCCUCAAGGCAUGGGAGUACACGCCGCAGGAUCGGCUCCUGCAUCUUCUCCCUCUUCAUCAUAUUCACGGUACCGUCAAUGCCAUUGUCACGCCCGUUCUCGCGGGCUCGUCCAUUGAGUUCAUGUUCCCGUUCAACACGGAUGCCGUGUGGAAGAGGCUCGCGGCGCCUUUCCUGCCCGAGCCCACCAGCACGAGCAAGAUCACGUUCCUCACCGCGGUCCCGACCAUCUACAACCGCCUCCUGUCUUCUUUCCCCAGUCUGAGCUCUGAGACCCAGGAAGCGGCCAGGAAGGGGAUCUCCCCCGAGAACAUGCGCCUGAACAUCUCGGGCUCGGCGGCUCUGCCCACGCCCACCAAAAAGGCCUGGCAGGAUAUUAGCCAUGGCAACGUGCUGCUUGAGCGUUACGGCAUGACGGAAGUUGGAAUGGCGAUCAGCUGCGGCCUUGACUUUGCUGACCGCGUGGACGGCAGCGUCGGCUGGGCGCUGCCCUCCGUGGAGGCGCGGCUGGUGGACACCGAGAGCAACGAGGUCAUCAAGGCCGGAGAGGAAGUCGACGCCGAUGGCCGCGAGCGAGAGGGCGAGAUCCAGCUCCGAGGGCCGACCAUCUUCCAAGAGUACUGGGCCAAUGAGACAGCCACGCGCGAGUCCUUCGUGCCCGGGGUGGACGGCAAGGGCGACUGGUUCAAGACGGGCGACGUGGCCACGCGCCGGGCCGUCGAGGGCGCCGGCACGGGGUCGAGUGGCGAUUGGGCCCGGGGGCCGAUGUACUUCAUCCAGGGCCGCCGCAGUGUCGACAUCAUCAAAACCGGAGGCGAGAAGGUCAGCGCCCUGGAAGUGGAGCGGGAGUUGUUGUCGCUCCCCCAAGUCUCGGAAGCGGCCGUCGUGGGCCUGCCUUCUGAACAAUGGGGCCAGAAGGUCGCGGCCGUCGUGGUGCUCAACCCGGAGUUCGCGAACACUGGCCGUAACGGCAAGCCCUGGGGAGCCAUGGACAUGCGUCGUGCAUUGAAGGACCGUCUGGCCAACUACAAGCUGCCGCAGGAGAUGAAAGUGCUUACUGGGCCUAUUCCUCGGAAUGCCAUGGGAAAGGUCAAUAAGAAGACGCUGGUUAAGGAGGUAUUCGGCGCCUAGUCUCAGUAUCGAGCUGCCUCGAGCAUCUCUGGCUUGAGGUCCCUGGGAAGUUGAAAGAAAAGGGGGGUCCGGGGGUUCUCCCCCGAAAUCGUUACUUGGUC